AUGAGAUGGCGUUGGCUACCGCAACAAGUAGUCUGCGCAGAGCAAAGUCAGAGCAACGAAGAAGUGCUGUUCCCCAGCAACGACCACGCCCGCAGUCAUAUCAUCCUCGAUCCGCACCAGCCACAGAGCUUUGGCACAUACGAACACAUCUUCGGCGGUGGCAUACCUGAGCCAGCAAACGACGCUCGCUAUAGUUUCUUCGCAAUGCCCGGUGACCCACCGCAACAAGAUCCACGCAAAAACUAUCGAUACUCUCACAUGCCACCUCCAAACACGAGUCACCGAGAAUCAAUCCCAAACUACCGUGGCACAUCGUUCACUCCGCCUCCACCACCAAAAGCAAGCCAUCGCCAUUCCUCCGCGAACUUCUCCUACAAAACGCCACCGCAGUCUAGCCAUCGCCACUCGUCCGCCUACCAAGCCUACAGUCCACCACAACCGCGCCCUCCCGCCAACCUCAUGAGACCCGAAGAAGCCAAACACCUCUUCAAACUCUACACCGACCGCUGGAACAACCUCUCCCCACUCGAUCCAAACGUCCCCUACCCCGCCCGAGGCCUCGCCGCCGCCUCCCUCAGCGCCCGCGACACCCUCUUCGCGCCCGACGUCGACGUCUCCAUCUCAUCUUGGUCAGAGGAGACAGUCAUGCAAGCCAACGCUCAGGCAUUCUACCUCGGCGUCGUCGGUCUCAAACCGGCGUACAGCGAAGUUCCGGGUACGGGACGGGUGGAGUGUGGGUUCGAGAAGGCGAGGGCGACGGCCCCGCAGAUCAAGGAGUUGACGGAUUUGCUGAAGAAGGAGAAGGUUCGGUGGCAUUCGGAUCGGUUGGGGAGGAGGAAUAAGGGUAAUUCCGGCGGAGGGCAAAAUGAGGCGUUGCAGAAGGACGAGAGGGCGAGGGCGGUGUUUCAUGCCGUUUGUGAGUUGAUGGAACGGGCGGCUGAGUAG